AUGAAAAGACAAUUACAUGAUCCAGGAACACAAUCAUAUGUGAAUUAUAAAAUAAAUAUAGCCGAGGCUAUUUUAAAAUAUAUACAGCUACCUGACUAUACAAGACGCGGGAAAUCCGCAGAAAAUCUAACACCAUUACGAUUACAAGCACAAUGUUGGGCUGAUUUCGCGAAGCAUAUUGAUGCAAUGCCUAGAAAGCAACACCCAACUAGAGCGUGUAAAGUUUGUUACAAACACAAGAACCGGAGCGAAACGACCUGCGAGUGCACAAAAUGUAAGGUAGCAAUUUGCACGUACCGGAAUGUUUUAUAAAAUACCAUAACACGCAGAUUUAUUAAUCUUUAUACUUGUGAGUAUUCUUCGAUAAUAUAGUUUCUUUAUUAUUUAAUUGUUUAUUUAUAUUUUGUUUUUCAUUUUUAGGUCUGGUGA